AGAGAGAGAGAAGCAGGGGGAACGUACAACUGCAAACACGGACACGGUUUUGCUCUAGUUUUCCCCUCUUAACAAUUUGGCGCAAAACUAACGUGGACAAAAAGUGUGCACCGUGCAGGCUUUGCGGGUAAAUAAUCUCCGCGCGGAUAACCUUCAGCUCUCCAAAACUCGGAGUUCAAAACUACCCGAAUCAACAAACAACACACGGGGAAGCGCAACUAUCCAAAACAUGACUUUAGCCACGAGGUUUCUGCAUCCACCUACGCGUAUGUGGUGAUCUGUGAAGCAGCAGCGGGUCUCCGGACGGAUGUUUGCGGUCGCCGAGCUCAGACGCGGAGCAGUCGCGCAGUGACGGGACCCGGACAGCCGCCUGGAUUUUGGCUACGGAGAUCAUCAGUUCAUCAUGGUGUCCGUGAAGCGCUGUAAGAAGGCGUUUGUCGACUCCGUGGCUCUUCUUUUGUGUCUGGUUGUGUUGUGCGAGGCUCAGAAUGACACAGAGCCCAUCGUCCUGGAGGGCAAAUGCCUGGUGGUUUGUGACUCGAACCCCGCCGACUGGAAGAGCUCGUCCUCACCGCUCGGAAUCUCCGUGCGCGCAGCAAACUCCAAAGUGGCUUUCUCUGCGGUGAGAAGCAACAACCACGAGCCCUCCGAGAUGAGCAAUAAAACCAGAAUCAUCUAUUUCGACCAGGUUCUUGUCAACAUUGGAAACUAUUUCACAUUGGAAUCUGUCUUUCUUUGUCCCCGGAAAGGAGUCUACAGCUUUAACUUCCACGUUAUUAAAGUGUACCAGAGCCAGACUAUACAGGUGAAUUUAAUGCUAAAUGGAAAACCAGUCAUCUCUGCCUUCGCCGGCGAUAAAGACGUGACGCGUGAAGCCGCCACCAACGGAGUCCUUUUGCACCUGAAUAAAGAAGACAAGGUUUAUCUGAAACUGGAGAAGGGGAAUCUGGUAGGCGGAUGGCAGUACUCCACCUUUUCUGGCUUUCUUGUUUUCCCCCUGUAAAGCAGAAGUACUUCACCAUUUCUGUCCCGUCGUCAUUGUGUAAUCGGCCCUUCAGCAUUAAUCGGAGGCCCUCAAAUGGAGUGAUAGCUCCAGACAUUCAUUCAGCUGUUGUCUACGGACUACUGGAAAAAUGUGUCAAUGGCAGUGAAUCUGGAGAAGGGGGACAUGUAAUUCAGUGCAAUAUCACUUUCUGCUGCAAGUCGCUCUUCGUGAAUCCAAGGAUGUUCAACAUCACGUUUGUUCGAUUCGUUCGUACUUGUGUUUUGUUUUACUUAGAGUGUUUUAUAGUGAAACAUCUGUGAAAAUGGCCUCUAUUAUGCUAUUCUAAAAAAAAAAAAAAAGGUUAUGUUUUCAUAAUGUCAACAUCAAAUCUUUUCUCACAGUUCCUGAAAUAGUUGGUUUGGCAGUUCAACCCAAAAAUAAACAUUUCUUCACUAA